UCCAAAAGUGGUUGAAAUUAGAUCAUUGUAACAAGUUAUGGGCGUCUGAAGACGCUACACUAGACAAUGGUUCCAUGCGUUAAAUAUCUGUUAGGGCUCUUUAAUUAAUGUACAAGCUCCUUCACUAAUUGCUUUGCUUAGUACACAAGUAUGAAGGCCUGCCUACACUGUACCUAUACAUGUAUUGAUUAAUCCACUUUAAUUGAGACUCUUGUUUUCCCACUGCAGGUAUGAGGGCUAAACUGGAUGCCUGUCCUCUCAAAGAGCUUGAGGAUUUCACUAUUCUCUCGUGUUUUGUUGGACUGGAAAUGGUCCUACCCCUACAUAGUAUCACAUGUUGAGCAGUCACGAGGUGGACACGUACGGUAGUAACGAGCACCACUUCAGUAUGGCCCACAAGACUGCCCUCCAUGGCCGCCUGCCCAUCAUACAGUUCCUAGUGGAGAGUGGACUGCCCUCCUCCGCACUGCAGAUAUCAGAUGACUCAUUCACCACACCCGCCAUGCUCGCUAUACAGCUGCUCAUGGACUUUGGCUACAGCAUGGUCCACACGGACAGGGAGAACCAGAAGCCGGUGGAUUGGGCCGAUGCUAUGGGUCAGAAUAUCUGUGUCCGCUAUCUCAUGAUGUACGAGACUUGUUGGGCACUCUCCGGAGAACUGACACACAUGGCCGAGCAGCUCGCUAUUGUACAGAAGGAGAAUGGACAGUUACGAGAUGCAUUCUCCAGUCUAGAGAAAGAGCAUGAAUCUGCCAUUACUAAACUGCUGACUAGUCACGAGGAGAGACUGACUAAGAUGAGGGAACAUCACGUCGACCUCAUGGCAUCAAUACUGCACAUGAACCAGGACACUCCGCCCACUGGAGGGGGAGGGGCUACUGCACCAUCAGCCAAUAAGAACAGGGGUCAAGUACCUGUGCGGAAGGCGCCCCCUGAACCACCCACUACCCCUCAACGAUCCUCCAAUCGUCCCCCUGUACCCCCGGAUCCUGCCGCUAAGAAGAGGUCGCGAGGGUCAAAGGACAGAGGUCAUGAGGCGGCAGAUAAAGGGGAGGACCAUAAUACCAUUGACUAUUGAACAGCCACCCCCCAAGAAGUGUUAGAGAAGCAGAUGACGUCAGUAGCUCAGCGUAUGAAUGCUAAUGGAGAGGCUCGUAAACGUGGUGGUGGUAUGACCCGAACCUUCUCCCCCCUCACUCCUAUCAUACAGCGCCUCUACAGCAAGUCAGAUGAGGCUGAUAGCAAGAGUGAGAGGUCCUCCAGGAGCCAGAGACACACAGAAGACGCUAGGAGAUCGGCUCCGAAAGUCAAGUUCUCUAAAACUAUUACCGAGUUUCCAGACUACAGUCACUAUGACAACCCGACAGAGAUGAAAUCAGUAUCAAGCCCAGGUCAAAGUCCGUCCCAUAGUCACCAUGGCAAGUUGGUUGGGGACUCGCUGAGGGUCAAAGGUGAAAGCUCGGAACACAAUUCUAGGAAAUCAUCAGAAAAAUAAUAGCACAAACUUAUUGCAUUGUUUUUAUCAUAGAUAGUAGAGGAAGGGAUUGGAAACGGGAUCACGUGAGCUUAUACUUGCAACGUGAGGCCUCUGGGACCGUGCGCGUUGCAACCAAUAGAAACCUUGAGGUGUGAUUUUACUGGUUUUGAGGUCAAGAGAAGCUUUUGAAAAGAAACAAAUGAGAGGAUACUAGUGUCGAUGUGUGGCAAGAACUUGGACUGAGAAAUCACUGGAAGAACAUUGAUAGAUAAAAAUUCAUGUAUAAUUAUGUUUAGACCAUGCUUAUACCUUUUAUUGAUUGUUCAUUGUUGUCUAUGCAUGAUCGUAAGCUUUUAGUUUAGCAUAAACUGCCAUUAUAAUUAUUAGUGCACAAAAAGUUUAUUGCAAGCUCAGCACUUUACCAAUAUUCAAACUGUGGAGUGCUAAUUAGUUAUUUUGUUAAUUGUAAUUGUGCGAAGAGUUUAUAACGAUAUUGAUAUUUUUUAUCGUGUUGAGUUGCAACAAAAUUUUAUUGCAUAUAAUUAUAGUUAUUAUGA